GGGCGCUGUCGAACGUGCUACGCGCAUGCGUACUGACCUCUAAGGUGUCUGAAUGAACAUUGACAACUCAAAUAAUUUUAAACAAUUUAAUGCAAUUAAAUACAGUUUAAGAUAAAUUAUAUGUAAUAAUAAAUAUAAAAUUAAAAAAAAAAUUGUAUCUAUCUAUCGAUGUAAAACAGUGGCGGAUAAAAAAAUAAAUAAAAUAAAAAAAAUCGAUGAAAUAUUUUGUUAAUGCGGUUUUAGUUGAAUUUGGGUGUUGUAAAUCGACUUUUUGUUAGUUUUGCAACAAGUGCCGCUCAUUUGGUGAUGGUGUGCCGUGGCUGUGAAACAGGUUUUUAGACCGUUGGCUUUUUUGUGUAUAUAUUGUUGUGUAUGUAUAAUUUGCAAGUGGUCUCCUGGGAUCCGUUAGUGAUGCUGCAAUUCAGUUACCACCUUCCAGUCUUCGUAUGAAAGUCUUGGCGUAGGAGGUUGUGACAUCUGGUGACCGAAUGAUGAGCGGGGUGGUCCGCCCGCUCCGCCGCCAUGGCCGCCCUGUCCUGCUACCAGCCCUGCCGGUCACACCUCGCCCAGCCCGCUAGGUGUUUGGAUGACGAUGACAGUCACGCAGCCACUCUGUCGCUCCGUCGGCAACAGUUCAUAGAGAGAUGCCACGAGAGCCGCGGCGUGCGAUACCGGGACUCCAUUCCUGAGGUGUCGGUAAAGAGAACAAGGGAGGAGCUGACCAAGCAUGCGUCACAAACCCUGCCGCUGAACCGGCGGCUGGCCGUCGAGUCCGGGUGGUCGAAGGUCGAGGAGGUCCGCAAGAAGUUCGAGGGGGGCGCCGACGCUACCUCAUUCUCUAGGUCUUUUGAAUCUCCCCCAAGGCGUCGCUUAGCCGACUCUCUGUUCGCGAGCUUCAAGCUGCCGCGCAAAAAGGACGGCAUGGCGCAGCCUCGCUCGCUCGCUCCUCAGCCGCAACAGAAACGCAAGUCUGCCGUCGAGCUGCUGGCAGAAUCGAAGGCCUUCUACGUUAAAUCUGAAACAGUUUUGGACAGGAAGCAGGAACUUCCUUUACGGGUGAGCAGUGGACUGAGCCAGGCGAUAGCUGCGGGCGGCUGUCACCUCGUCAGCUCCAGCACCCUCACCAACGAUGCCUGCUGCAAUCCUUAUGCGACGACGCGUAUUAGCAGCACCCGAAGAGCAGUCAGCGCUGGCGAGGGUCUGCAGAACACAUUGAGAAGGCUGUUGGAGCAUGCUGACAGCAGGGAGAAUGUGUACGCGCCCAGUUAUGGGACACACAAAGUAUUCUCCGACACUCGCCGCCUCAAAGACUCCUACCCCGAAAGAGAAAUACGCCCCCACACAGGGACGUACUCGGGCACCUUCUCCGGGACCUCGUCCUCUGGGACCUCGGGCUCCAAAGCGCACAAGUCGGACCCUGACAAGAUCAGCCGGCCCCUGAGUUUCGGAGACGCGCGAGUCUUCUUCCCGGAGUCUUUUGUGAUACCGCGCCAGAGGGCCAGUGAGGUCGUUCUCAAAAACGCGUAUUCUAUACCGAGCUCUCAUUCAAGCCCCCGUCACAUGGAGUUACCGGAACCCGUUCUAAGCGGGUCGGGCUCUCCGGCGGAACAGCUCGGAGCUAUUAGUCCCCCCGCUCAGUACGCGCACUCUGCACCUAGAUAUAUCAGAUCGAAUUCCCACUCGCAGCCGAGCAUGCGCGAGGAAGACAGCUGCCCUAAUAUCAACAGCCACAAGUCUCUACCUGAUCUUCAUACGCAGACCAGAUGUUAUCCAGAACAUGUGAACGUGGAAGGCACGGCCACCGCCGGCCGCUCCCCGCGCCGCCGCCGGCACUCCGCGCACCAGCGGACGGCCUCCUGCUCUUCUAAGGGCACCAGAUCUAAUCACUCGUCUUUAAUGUCAUCGUGUGAAGCGUUCUCGGAGCAUCCUUCACCAGGCGAGGAAAACUACCAAUCCUAUAACAGUCGCUGCGGAUCAUCGUUCGCCCGCGACUCCGGCGGCUCUAGCGGCCACUACACGCAGCGCAGCGCGCCGCCGCACGCUCACCAACAUAGAAACGAUUCCGGAUCUUCCACACAACAUGAACAGACCAGCCGCUACAACUCGUACUACGCGGAGUACGGUCGCGGCGCCGAGCUUGAGUGCUACGUCUCAGCGCCGCCGCAGUUCCAAGAUGGCGCGCCCUCCCCCCCACCGCCACUCGCCACCCCCCACUACGCGCAACCAAGGGUGGGGAUACACUUCCAGGCUAGCGCGCCUCCCCCUCAGUUCCAAGACGAGCCGCCGAUGUACGACUGCGGAUACAAGACUCCCAUCAAGUGCGUCCCCGUGGGCAGGAAGGAUUACACCAGCUCCAGGGAUUAUAACAGAUACCACGAGCCCAACACGGAGCUGGUGAGCAAGCAGCCUCACCACCAGGAUCACCGCCCGAGGCCGCGCCUUGACGAUACUCAGGAGUACGUCAAUGCUACACAGAUAUGUCAAACGGAGGAAGUGACGUCACCGCUGGGCACGUUCAAACGACAACGCUGCCUACGAUACAAGCAGCGACGACCGCGGCCUAUCCUCAGAUCUAAAUCCGAUAUUUCUGAUAGAUACAGACGUUCAGACGGGCGAAGCCCCGCGUCAGCGCCAUGCGAAGGCGAGGACUCUCCCGAUAGUCCUUCAGAAGAAUCCGCGCGACUCCAAAACUUCUUCGAGCGUCUCGGGCUAGAUGCGAGACAGUACGACGCUCUUAUACGAGAUCAGCCCGAGGAGAGCCCCGUGUUCUUCUCCUCGGCCUCCACUGUGGACUCCAAUCAGAUAGCCGCUACUGCUGACUACACGGUACAAGGCCCCGCUGUGCAGAAACAAAUUUACCGUAACACAGAGCCACCCAGCGUCGUUGAACGAAACGCCCGCAUCAUCAAAUGGCUCUGUCAGUGUCGUAAAACGCAGAUGCAACCACCACAAUGAGCGAACUUAACCCAUUCGAUAUUAUGUUUCUCAUUUUUUGAAUAACAUUCAUCAGAGUCGCUCAUUUUUAACUGACUUCAAAUAGGAGGAGGUUCUCAUAACUUUAAUAUAAGACGAUUGGAUGCAUUUUCUCAAGUGUAAUUUUCCUUUUUUGCUGAACUAGCUAUUUUAAGAAAUAAUAUAGCGUUAAUCGAAUUAGAUAGGAAACUAUUAAACGUGGAUAAUUCUAAAAUAAAAAUAAACGGAAUGACUGCACAAUAUCGAUGUGUUCAGAAAUCUGGGCAAGAUAUGUAUGUGUUAUAAAUGUUUCCUUGUGAAAUUGAUUUUAUUGCAAGAUCACUGACUAUGGAAUAUGGUAACUAACCGAUACUAGUUCAUUAUUUAAGGUUCUUAAAA